UUUCCGAACGGUGACGCGCCGUAGAAAGCGUCGUUGUUCUUUCUUCCUUUCUUCUGUCCGCUUGUUUCCGCUCUCCGCGUCUCCAAACAAUCCGCGAGUAGAAGCUGACUAAACCCUAGUUCCUGAUCCGCGGCGACUCCAAGAUCUCCGUCUGUUAGAUCGCUUCUUUUGGUCAUUUGAGAAGCGCCUAUUGCCGUUCUUUGUCUACUCUGCUUUCUUCGGGGAGGAGUAGAGGGAAUCUUCUCGUCGUCAGGUAUCUUAUUCCUCCAGUCGGAGUUUUUGGACAGAUGGAGAUUGUUAUUUGUUUCCUUUCGUUAAGGCUCUCUUGUUAACUGCCGUCGAUGACAUUGUUGGCCGAAGCUGUGUGUCUGUUUGUUUGACUUGAGGGUUUAUUGAUCAUCUCACCUUAGUACCAAAUUUUGCAUAAUGGACCGUCGUGAUACAUCUGGCUUUGUCAGUGGAGGUUGCGGUCCUUCAUUAAAGUAUUUUUCAGGAAUGUUUUCUUAACUUCGAGUCCUGGAAGACAGGUUGUCUGGUUCUUUUUCCAUCAAGUUUGGUUGAUAAAGAGAUACUCUCAAUAAUAUGGCGGACGAGAGCAUGCUCUCUAUGGAUUUUACUACAAACCUCCCCACAUUUGGUUUCUGGAGCACAAUGCAAUCAGCAGAUCACUGCAGCACUGGUGACAAAACAUCACUUGAUCUCCUUCAAAAUCUGCAUGAUUCCGAUCCCAUCAUAGAAGAGACGACAUGGGAGUUCAAGAAAUUUAAUGAAAUUAAGAAUUUGGGAUAUCCCUUGCUAGGUCAGUCGUCAAGUUGUUCAUAUGUCUGCAAGACGAUCUCAACAUCUGUUUCCACUGCAUCUUUGAUUCAGGAAACUGAAGAAGACUCCUCUGUGAAUGUAGGACUGGAUAUGCAGCUUCACCUUGGCGGGCAGAAUAGCUUGAGUCCCGAUAAAUCAUCAGUGAAUGAUUUGAAGGUGUAUCAUACUGGACAUCUGCUCGACUUGGAAUUAAGUCUAUCGAUUGUAUCUUCUGCAUCUGCUCCAUCCAUUGCCGAGACAAUCACAGACCCAAAACUGAAUAGCUCAAGCGACUCUGUGUUUGCAAACCAGGCGCUGUCUAGCAAUGAGGAAGGAUCGGCUCAUUGUUGGAUAUUUGGGGCUUGUCUUCAACCGUGUGCAGUCAACUUAGAAACAUCUAGCAGCUUUUCUUCUGAAAGGAAAGAGUGCGCCGAAGCUGAUUCGACUUCGGUUGUUCUGAAUGGAAAAUCAACCACAAUGCAGGCAGUGGAUAAACCGGUUACCUGUACUUCCGGGGCUUCUAAUUCUCAGAAACACAAAAAUAGGAUAAGUAUCUGUUCGUUCCAGGGAUGCACUAAAGGAGCAAGAGGUGCUUCUGGUUUAUGUAUAGCUCAUGGCGGCGGACAGAGAUGCCACCGACUUGGCUGUCAGAAGGGAGCAGAAGGCAGGACGAUAUAUUGCAAAGCACAUGGAGGCGGUCGUCGAUGCCAACUUCUUGGGUGCACAAAAAGUGCUGAAGGUCGUACAGACUACUGCAUUGCACAUGGUGGUGGUCGGCGCUGCAGCCAUCCAAGUUGCACCCGUGCUGCGAGAGGAAAAUCUGGUUUAUGCAUUAGGCAUGGUGGUGGUAAAAGGUGCCAGUGGGAGAAUUGCACAAAGAGCGCAGAAGGUUCUUCGGGCCUCUGCAUUGCCCACGGUGGUGGAAGGCGUUGCCAGAUCGAGGAUUGUACAAAGGGUGCUCAGGGUGGCACACUGCUCUGUAAGGCACAUGGCGGCGGGAAGAGGUGCACAUUUCUGGGCUGUACAAAAGGGGCUGAGGGGAGCACUUCCUUGUGUAAAGGACAUGGUGGAGGUAAACGCUGUUCGUAUCACGGUGGAGGUGUGUGCCCAAAGAGUGUGCAUGGGGGAACUCCAUUCUGUGUAGCCCAUGGCGGCGGAAAGAGGUGUGCUGUCUCUGGGUGUCCUAGAAGUGCUAGAGGGCGGACUAGUUUCUGUGUUGGUCACGGUGGUGGAAAACGGUGCAAGUUCGAAGGAUGUGAGAAGAGUGCACAAGGUAGUACCGACUUUUGUAAAGCACAUGGAGGAGGCAGACGAUGUUCGUGGGGUCAACCUGGCUCAAACUUUGGUGCUGGCGAGCCAGUCUGCAAUAAGCUUGCGAGGGGUAAAAUUGUUCUCUGUGCUGCACACAGCGCCCUGGUGCAGGACCACCGAGUUCGAGGUGGCAUCAUACUUGGGUCAACCACUAUCCCAUAUCCAGUGCAUCACCUGACAUCUCAGUUUGGGUUUUCUGCUCCAGAAGGCAGAGUGCGAGGAGCGAAUUUAAUACCAACGCUUGCGAGUCGUUCAGGGUUUGGCGAUAACAUUGGGGAUCAAAGAACCGCAGUUACUUCAAACCAUGGAGCUUCACACAUCUCAAACGCAACGUAUCUGUGGAUGUAAUGAUUAGCGACUACUUUCCAUUAGGUGUAUCUUGUGCUUUGUUUGUUGGAUUUUUGUACUUGUGAUUGGCUCGCGGCGCCAGCCAGAAAAUCCAAUAAGAUUUGUAAACAAAAUUAGGUAAACUUGACUUGAUAAACCAUGUUAGUUUACACUACUUUCUUGUCGUCGAGCAUGGCAUACAUGCUAUUAUUGUGUGAAAUUGUGAGAUUAUAUUGGUAAGCUACAUGCUGCUUUUGCAAACUGCUUAUGAGGUUUGAUAAGAUAACUAGUUUCAAGGUUUAAGUGAUGUUCUUGAU